AUGUAUUUCAAAAUCUUGGUGCUUGUUUUGGCGUUGCCAUUUUUACUCAAAGUAAGGAAUAUAUAUUUGUUUGCUGUUUUUUACCGAAUAAUGUGCUGUUAUUUUUUAACAGUAAGUGUAUACUGUAAAUCGUAAAUUACGGUAAAAUGGACUGUAUUUAGAAAGUAAUCUGUUGUUUGACCGUAAUCUUUUACAGUAAGUAUUCUGUAAUUGUAAAUGACGAAAUCUGUUACAGCCUUUUUUUACGGUAUAAAUACAGACUGCGGUUAAAAAACGGUCUCUGUAAAAUUACAGUACAUUCUCUGGCGUCCCAGCUGCCAUUUUUUUCAACAGUAUACACAAUUGCAUUUAGGCUGACGACGCCAUGAAGAUUGCCAAUACAUUUGAUGAACAAGAUCUAGAUGAAAUUGCAAAGUUUGAAGGAAUUGAAGAAGAUAGCAAAAGCACAGAAGUAGAAGAAGAAUACAAACGCACUCUCGUGAGUGAUGAUGCCGACGCCAAGCAAAGUUUUUCAAAACUCAGCCUGAAAUUGGCAAAACUGCAUGUGAGUUAUAUGUCCGAGCCUUUCGACCAACUGACUUUUUUCAGUAGCAAUUAAAUUGAAUACUUACUCAUUGUUACCUCCGCCAGGAGGUUAUGUAAUCAUCUGGGUUUUUACCUCCGCCAGGAGGUUAUGUAAUCAUCUGGGUUUGUAUGUGUGUGUGUGUGUGUGUGUAUGUGUGUGUGUAUGUGUGUGUGUCUGUAUGUGUGUGUGUUUGUCUGUGAGCACGAUAACUCAAGAAAUACCAAACAUAUCCGUACGAAAUUUUGUGAGUGCAUUUCCCAUCGGCUACGGAAGAACUGAUUAAAAUUUGGUUGAAUUUGGUUAAAAAUUGAAUGAGAAAUAACAAAAGUUUGUCUUGCUUUUCCCCGUCAAUUAAAUAAAACUUUAUACUGAAUGCGUAAUUAGGACGUGCAUAAUAUAUGCACCAGCCAUUCAAAUUCUAAUAACAAUAGAUUACUUCAAUAUUUUGCGCGUAGGCGGAGGUAUGCAGUCUCUGAGUGCCCUCUAGUUGUGAAUGUAUCGAUUAUGAAUUAAAGAUUUAAGAAUAACCCCUUCCACCUUAUCAAUUACCCAAACAAAUACUAGCUGCUAUCACCCUCCCACCGAGUAAUUGUUCCAGAAGCGAGAAUAAUUAUGCUGGAACUCCGAAUUCCGACAUAUUCGAAGUAAAAAUGAAAAAGUGAAAAUCACAGAACUUGUUUUUCAAUAUAUUAAUUAAUCGAAGAAACGCGUAGCGAGCCAGUAUGCAUCAGUCAGUAAAAUAAAUUAACGAGCACAGCGUUUAAUUCUCAAUUUCUAUAUGAAAACUAUAUCAAGAUUUUGUAUACUCACGUAUAGUUACAAAAGCAAACUUUUACUUCUUUAACUUAAUUUCAUUUUUCUUACUUCACGCCUAAAAGGUAUUGGAAGAAAUUGUGAGAAAAAACAAAGCCAUAUCCAGUUUGUCGGAUACAGUCAAUGGCAAUUCCAAAGGUAAAAAAUACCCCAAAUACAACAUCCGUCUGAGAGAAUUGAAUAAAUUAAAACAACUAUGCAUGUAUAAUCCCAUGCUACAGGACGAAAAUCUUACACUAAACUAACUUUGCACGUUGAUACUGCAAAGCCUCAUCAGUUCAAAUAUUUAUCCAGUGUUACUGUAGGAGGAAACCUAAGCUAAACUGACUUUAACAUUAUACUAGAUAGCUCUAUUAGUUCCAGCAAAAAAGAUCCAGUAAAGAUCAUCUCUUUAUAUUGAUCCAGUGUUGCUACAGGAAGAAACCUUGACUAACUUUAUUUAUCAUUUCAAAACUGUUCUUCCAAGAGGUCCAGCAAGAAUCAUCUCUUAUUAAUUCAGUGUUACUACAAGAGGAAACCUAAACUAAACUAAUUUUAGUUAUACUGGAUAGCUCUAUAAGUUCUAAUAAACUGUUCUUCCUAGAGGUCCAGUAAGGAUCAUCUCUUAUUGAUCCAGUGUUACUAUAUAUACAGGAGGAAACCUAAACUAAACUAACUUUAUUUAUACUGGAUAGCUCUAUCAAUUCUAAACUGUUAUCCUUAGAGGUUCAGUAAGGAUCAUCUCUUAUUGAUCCAGUGUUACUACAGGAGGAAACCUAAACUAAACUAACUUUAUUUAUACUGGAUAGCUCUAUCAGUUCUAAACUGUUCUCCCUAUAGAGGUUCAGUAAGAAUCAUCUCUUAUUGAUCCAGUGUUACUACAGGAGGAAACCUAAACUAAACUAACUUUAUUUAUACUGGAUAGUUCUAUCAGUUCUAAACUGUUCUUCCUAGAAGUCCAAUAAGAAUCAUCUCUUAUUGAUCCAGUGUUACUACAGGGGGAAACCUAAACUAAACUAACAUUAUUUAUACUGGAUAGCUCUAUCAGUUCUAAACUGUUCUUCCUAGAGGUCCAGUAAGAAUCAUCUCUUAUUGAUCCAGUGUUACUACAGAAGGAAACCUAAACUAAAUUAACUUUAUUUAUACUGAAUAGCUCUAUCAAUUCUAAGCUGUUCUUCCUAGAGGUCCAGUAAGGAUCAUCUCUUAUUGAUCCAGUGUUACUACAGGAGGAAACCUAAACUAAACUAACUUUAUUUAUACUAUAAGGCUAAAUUAUGAUCAAAUAACUGCAUGCAUAUUGUAAACAUAUAUGGCACAUGUAAAAAGAACUGGGCAACCUUAUUUGCAUGAUAUCUGCAUGAGCGCGCUCAAUUAGUCUUUCUCAUGCCGCCAUUUUUGGGUGGCAUUUCAGCCGAAGUCUGCGAGAUAAGUCCACGUAACAGCGACUUUUUAUAAUUUUUGGACGAAUGAUGGUAAAUAUGUUUUUUAAAUGGUUAGUUUAUUUUGAAAAAUUGCCUUUCACAUUGUUUCAAUUGUCUGCAUUGGUUAACGAGAAUUCGAUGCCACCCAAAAAUAGCGGAUGUUCGUCAUCGUGAAAAAGACUAAUUCAAUUAAUCAUGACAGUACUAUGUUUUAUUGAAUAAUGGUUAUCAUGUUUAAUACCAUUACUUUAUGACUAAAAUCUAUGUAGAUAAAUGCAGAAAGAUUAAGAAAGUGGGUGAACCUAUCGUACAUCAUCAUUCUGGAUCUACUCAGGGAACAUGGAUGAGAGAUCCUCUUGGACUGCUUGGCCCAGAGAAGAUUUGGUACAUGAAUAGUUAUAAGGGUGAUAAAGUGUUGGAAUUUAAAGACAUGGAUCACUUCAAAGGUGGAGAAGUUGCCAAAACUUACACCCUACCAUAUAAGUUUGAUGGUACAGGAUCUGUUGUUUAUGGACGAUAUCUUUACUUUAACCGGUUUGUAUAGGAAUUAUACUUUUUUGUAAUAAGUCCUUUGUAAGUUUGCACGGCGAUAAAAUAUAUAAGUAAUACAUUGCAAUGAUAAAUUCACGUGGUGUUUCCACAAACAAAAAUAUUAUACUUUUUUUGCCUAAUUAUAAUUAAAAAAUAACCCCUGCACGAAGGAAAAUAAUAGUUAAUAUUCUAUAACCCUGGACUAUAGAAGUGCAAAUGUACAAGUUGUUCUGAGAUAUUUACAAAUUUCAUUUACAGGGCUAAUACAACAUAUAUUGUGAAGUACGACUUGGUCACAGAAAAGAUUGCCAAAGAGCACAAACUAUCAUCAUCAAUCAAGCCACGAAGGUAUAGUUACCAAUGGGGUGGUUACAAUACAAUGGACCUAUCAGUGGACGAAAGCGGUUUAUGGGUUCUGUAUUCAUAUGCUGGUUACAAUGGGCGAUUAUGUGCUAUACUACUUGAUCCAUUGACCCUUGGCUUCCUGGAUCAAUACUGCGGCAUUUCCUCUGAGCCCAGGAACAGCAUGGGAAACGCAUUUGUCGCGUGUGGUGUUGUUUACAGCAUCGAUAGUUAUAACUCAGCCACAACAACCAUUAACUACGCCUAUGACAUAGCCAAGAAAUCUGGGACCAAUCCAAAAAUUAAGUUUAUCAACAAUUUCGCUUACAACAGCAUGGUCACUUACAACCCUCGCGAGAAGGUUCUCUACGCCUGGAAUAACAAACGGCAAAUAACAUACCCAUUGGAAUUUGAAGACGAGACACAAGAUUAACUUGGGCAAAGGAUUGAAACGGGCACGAAUAUGGACACGAUUUACAAAACUUCCCUUUUUUAAUAACAAAGUAUUAGUUCUUUGAAUGUUUGCAUGGCGAUAAAAUAUAAUUGUUUUUGUUUGUGGAAACACCACGUAAAUUUGCAGUAAUAAAUUUACGUGGUGUUUCCACAAACAAAAACAAUUAAAGUAUUAGUUGAUGAACAGUAGUUUAAAUUGAUUCAUAUACCACAAUCAUAUACUCCAUGGUAGAUCAAAUAUGGGAGAUUUAGUGUACCACAAUCAUGUAUGUGGAGAUUUAGUGUGCAGGUAGUGUUGUUCAAUGAACAGUUUUUGAUUUUAGUUAAACUAUAUAUCCUAUACUUAAUACUAUUGAUGUAUAUGUUUUGUUUUUCAUUAAUAAUAACUAUACACUAUAACUGCAAAUUGAGUUCAUGCUGUUAAUGUUUUCAAAUGGUCGUAAAGGGUAAAUGGGAACUGGGCCUAUUUUUCGACUGGGAAGAUUUGGGUUACUGGGCCACUGGCAUGAACGACACAAAAAUGAGAAAACCCAAACACCAUUAUAAAGACAUUUGUAGUUGGACAUUUCAGAGUAAAAUAAUGAGAAUUUGUAUAAAAAAUGUCCGGGAAAACUGAAUUUAACCGACUUAUGGUUGAAUGAGAUCAUUUGUCUGCUAUUGUGCGUCGCCCAUAUACCUUUUUCUUGGCAAAACUAGUUCUAUAAAGAGGGCAAUUGAACUCAGAAUCGCAGAAUUAUGUUUAAAAGUAAUCAUUUUCUUUUAAUAUCACUGUGGGAAUGGGAUUUGAUCUGAAAAAAGGGCUGGGAAAUUGAUUUAGAGAAAAUUUACGCUGGAAAAUGGAUCUAAAGUAUACAGAAUGGUUUCUGCAAAACACAGAUUUCAUGCAAAGAACUGACUGGCUAGAAAUAUAUUAUCAAGCAUAUUCGAUCCCUAUACCGUGGCAGUUUUGAUUUGGCACUAUUUAAAAAAAAUAAAAUAGACCCAUGAAUUAGGUAAUCGGCCAUUUUUGGGGUACUGUCUGCCCUCGUGAAAGAUUCUAGACAAUUCAAACAACGUGAAAAGCGACUUUUAAAAGUGGUAACUGUAAAUUUACCAUUAUACAAACAACUAUAACGCUAAAAAGUCGCAUUUCGUGGUACGGAUAUUGCAGUGAGAAUAUCGGAGGCGUUUUAAUUAAAAACGCGGGCUAUAUACCCGUAAAGUGUGAGGCACGCGGGUAAUCGAUGAAUGCGUGCGAAGAAUUCCAUUCUUCCCUUGCUCCCCCGCGCGCUUUUACCAAUUACCCGAACGCCUUAUAUCUAACAGGUAUGCAGCCCGCCAAUCUCGUUCCCAGAGUAUGUACUCUGGGAACGAGAUUGGCAGCCAUAACCCGCGAACAGGCAUACUCUGGGAACGAGAUUGGCAGCCCGCGUGUAGAACUUAAAAACCGUAAAUAAGCCUGCGAACCUGACGGUUUCAAGCGGUUGGCGUUGAGGCGCAUGAGGCAGCGAAAAUUAGGGAGGUAAGGUAUAACCAUGUUGUUUUAUUUUGCUCACAUGAUAAUACUGGAUACCUGGUAAAGUAUGUUGAUUCAGUCCUUGGACUGGAUCAAAAUUAAUUCAGUUCUUGGUCUUGGACUGGAUCAAAAUUAAUUCAGUCCUUGGACUGAAUCGAAAUUAAUUCACCUCUUAGAAAUCAUUCGGUCCCCAGGAUAAUUUUAGUAUGGGUGAUUUAUUCGUAUGAGAUGUCAUAUUAAAUCCUCCAAUUCGGACUGGACAAGAUUCCAGGUCCUUGCAUUUUGAUCAAAUUGCACGGACUUAAAAUCUACUCCAGUCCUCAUAGUCGGUUUUGUAAUAUUACUUGAAAGUUGCUUUAAAUGCUUGGAAUAUUUUCACAAGGAGAAAUUGUAAAAAUAUUGACUCCUUUGAUAAAAUAGUAAAUGAUAUUAACCAAGUAUAUUAACUGGUCUGGAUGAAAUAACUAAUUAGAAUAGCACAUCAAUAUAUCCGUGGCUGCUUGUAGACGCAGACCAAAAUAAAAUAUUGCACCCUUGUCUUGCAUGUUUAAUUCGUGUCGAAACCAAAUUACCGUUAUGGUAGAAUUGCCAUGAUGUCCAUUUCACAAUAUUAUAGAUACAUUUCUAUGCAUCAAAUAUUCAAAUUGUAUAUGAUAGAUCAGUCAUCAGUUGCUGCAUGAAAGAAUGCAACAGCAAGGAUCGACACACAAUAAUUUGGUUUAAAGCAACAGGCAAUUUGUGUAUAUUGCCUGAUGAAAAUCUCGCUUUAAAGAUCGCACGUAUAGCUAUAUAGGUAUACACGCUUAAAAAUGCGACAUUGUAUAGAGGUCCAAACUAGGUUCAAAUUUCAAAACACAUGUUUCACAUUUCAAAACUGAUAAAUUUCAGCCUUGCAUGCAAUGAGAAUAGAUAUAGUACAUGAGCAUGCAACUAUUAGCCAGUAUUUAUCAAAUAGUAUUUAUCAAAAGUACUGACUGGUGUAGCACUGCCCAUUUCCCAAACGAAACGGCAUAUGAGCUUAGUAUCACUGAAACUAUAUUCAUUCUGGAGUCACAAUAUGCCUUCAAAUUGUUUCAAUGUGCUGAUUUAAUUCUACUAUAAACUCACAAUAAUCCGGGUAUGCUCUAAUCUGUGCUUAGAUAACAGUGCUUUAAUUUUAAACCAAUUUUUUUGCGGAAGGUAUAGUAGCCAAAUUAUUAAAUAUUGCUGAUUGUGUCAAUGUGUAUAUUAGUACUUCCUUAACAAAAAUUUGCUGAAACGAACUGAGUCACACAAUGCACAAUUAAACUUAAAUUAAAUUACAAGGCAUAAAAGCUCUAUUUAUAAGUUAAAAGGCUUCAUGUUAAAUUGAGAGUUAAGUAUAAAAGGAACUCUUAGUUAGAAGUUAAAGGACUUUUGGAUAUUAAAAUUAACUGUAUACCGAGAAAGCCAUUUACAGACCAUCACUUUUCAUUUUAUAGCGAUUAUACAGUAGCGAUGCAGUGGCGUAGCUGGCCCGACAAUUUAGUCCCGCUAUGCAAAUAUUUUCAUGUUCAUUGACUGUGAAAACAAUCAAUUUCUAAAGAAAUGAAUGAUAAUAAUUUUGAAUUUGCAGAGCGGGACUAAAUUGUCGUGCACAGUUAGGGGCACACCAUCAAGCUGCUCCAUUUACUGUUCGGAGUACUCCGGAUUUUCGGAACACUAAUGGAAUGGAACAGAAGAGAGUCACAUGACUGUUCUGAACUGUUCUGACUACCCCGAUUUUCGAAUAGGGGCAGCCAGAACAGACACGUGACACUGCCCAUUUUCACGUGAUUGGAAAUGGUGGAGACACAUUUUGUGUAUCCAAUGCACACUGUAUAGAGCGUUAUUUUGAAGGGUUACACAGCAAAAAAUCACUUUCUUAUUUUAAGAAAAAAAAAACUUAUUUUAAGAAAAUUUUCUUAAAAUAAGUAAAAAUUUUCUUGGGAGACUGGUAAGAAAAUUUUCUUACUAAUUUUCUUAAGAAUUUUUUUCUUAAGAAAAUCAUGAGAUUUUUCUUAAAAUAAGAAUACCAAUUUCUUAUUUUAAGAAUAUUUUUUCCUUUAAAAUUUCUUAUUUUAAGAAAAUUUUCUUAAAAUAAGUCCAAAUUUUCUUGGGAGACUGGUAAGAAAAUUUUCUUACUAAUUUUCUUAAGAAUUUUUUUCUUAAGAAAAUCUGAAGAAAAUCAUGAGAUAUUUCUUAAAAUAAGAAAACUCAAUUUCUUAUUUUAUAAAUAUUUUCUCUUUAAAAUUUUUUAGUUUAAGGAAGAGGUAUAUUUUUAUUUUAUAAGGACCAACAAGUUAUAGUAAUGAUAUAUUGAUUAUAGACUGGAAGCAAUUAUAAAGAAUACAUGGCACCUUGCAUGCAAUAGUUUAUACUGUAUAUAAAUAUAUAUAAAUAUAUACCACAUGAUAUUCAUCAUAUAGUAAUAUAUACCACAUGAUAUUCAUACAGAAAAAUAUAUACCACAUGAUAUUCAUCAUACAGUACAUACUGUAUUAGUACCAGCUUAUUGCAUAUCAACUUUGAAACUCUGGCAGCUUGUCAUCAUCGACUUAAACAAAUUGGCAAUGUCUUGUGACACAUUUGUGUCUUAAAAAUCUAAUGCUGAAAAACAUUCAAACCAAUUUCCUGCAUCUGCGAAUAAUCAAAAUCCAGAAGGUAGAAACUGGCAAGAAGUGCAAGUACUGCCUCAUUCAAAUUGAACAUCUCCAUGACAUCUCAUAUGUAAUGUUUCACGUUUUAAACACUGAAGACGUUCACAAUCACAUUAUUUGUAUGAAGGGGAAUUUGUGUGCGAUGACUGAUGAGGAUAUAAAGUGACUGGUCAACAGGGAUUUUUAGCCAGUCAUUGACUGUUGACUGGCCGUUAUCUUGAGCCUGGGAUGCAUGCGACUAUGACAAGUUACCUAGCUGCUGGUCUACACUAUUUAAUAUACUGUACCAAACAAUUAAAUAAAUUAAUGGAGAGAGUAUAGACAGUACAUAUACACAUGCCAAAUUCAAUGUUCUACUCUAAAUCAGCCUUGAAUUUUCGGAAACUUGUUAGUGCUGACUGAACUGAAUCGGCAACCUCUUGAGGAACAUUAAUGUCUUGAAAUACAUAACGCUCAUGGAGAACAAUUAAUCCAAUCUCCGGAAAGUGUGGAUAAUCAAAAACUAAAAGAUAAAAACUUGCCAGCACUGCAGUGCUUCAUUCAGCUCUGUUAUGUCCACUUCGGCCAGAAUUCUCUUUCCAACGAUAACACUGUAGGUAGCAUUUCGUCUUUUCCACCAAGAGGACAGGUACAUUACCAGAACGUUUGGAGCACCAAACUUCAUGGUCUUCGUUAUCCUAACAAAGAAAUACAUGGAUGUACAGUAUGCAUGAUAUAUGAUUAAUUACAUAGUCAUUUAAAUAUAAAAUAAAAAUAAAAUAGACUUUCACAUUGGCUGUGUGAACAUAACAGACUUAAGACCCUCCUCCGCUCAUGGCAAAAACCAACUCGCAAGCUAGCUAUUGUACAAGACAUUAUCCAAUCACAAUGCUCAACAGUUUAUUUCGAUAAGAUGGAAGCACUCACAGCAGGCUGGUCACUUGGUUUUGCAAUGAGUGGAAAAGAGCUUUUAAAUUGAAGAUGUGAACAUCAAGACAAGGUCAAUUACUGCAUGGUGGACAGAUCUGGAAGCUAAAUAAACUGCAAUAUUUUCACACCAUCACACAUCCUGAACAGGGCCGUACACAGCGGGUGGGGGGAGGUUGUUGGGGCGCAACUGCCCCGAAAAAAACUAUAUUUACGAAUUUUUAGAAUGUCAUUAAUUAUUCUUUGGAUAUUUGGGACUUUUUUUGGCAUUAUAUAGGCCUUACUGCCCCCCUGGUGAAAAAAUGUUGCGUAUGGCCCUGAUCCUGAAUCUAAAUUUGUCUAAUGUUGCCAAAGUUCACUCAGUAUAUAAUUAUGCUAAUUAACCUAUGCCUAAAACUUUCUAUAACCCAGGAAAAUGACAUGGAUGCAAUAAAUCUGUAAGGAUGAAUUUACCAGAAUUUUCCAGAGCUGAAUAUUCCAUGGAAAUUUUGAAAAUUAUGUAUGAUCUUAGAAUCUAUAAAAAAUCAACAUGUAUUCAAUUCAAAGCAAAACAGGAAUGGACAAACUUGGCUGAAUUAGCCCAGAUAUUAUUUCUAUCCCCUCAGUUGGAAAUAAGUAGGCAUAAGAAAUAAGCAUAAGUUAACUUCCUUUUUCUUGCCAAAAAUGCAGGGGGAAUUUCUUGUUAGUUUGUGGGAUAGCCUGUCCUGUGUGUUGCAAUUCACACAGAAACUAGCCAGCUAGAUUGCCGGAUGGUUGAGGCCUGUAAAUACAAAGGCGAGUGAGUUACUGUAGCCAUGCAAGCAAGGCAAGUUACUGUUUGUAUGGGAUUGGCUUAUAUAGCAUUUGCUAAGCAAAUUCCAUAUAAACAGAAACUUAGCAUAAAUUUGUGCAAAACACAAAGUCGCUUAAAAGAUUUCAAAAACAUUACAUACAAAAUAUAAUGAUAAUACAAGAAUUAAUGGCAAGAAAUUCAGGAAAGCUGAUAUCUAAUCAUUCAUAUUUAUUUGUAAGCUAUUAUUUUAAAUGCAAGACAAAUUUCUACCUUUCCCGAGUAAAGUGUUUAGACGGAUGGUAAAAUAAGUCAUUUCACCUGGGCAAGAUUUUGUGUCUUUCUGCCAGAACUUGCCAAGGUGAGUUGCCAGGUUGUAUCAUAUAAACUCACCUUGCCGGGUAACUUGCCUCCAUUUAAACAGGCCCCUUAUAUAGACAUUCUCAUAUGAACAACCCCUAUAAACAUGAUUUUUUUGUGUUGGUCUUGUGUACUCAGGUGAAUAUGAUAUUUGUGACGUUACUCUGAGUGAGUAUCCACACCGGGCAAGCUUGAAAAAUAUGCCUGGCCACAUGGAAUACUAGCCCAAUGCUCUGCCAACUGAGCUACGCGGUCAGGUCGGGUAAUCUAAUAGGCCUAAUCAUGAUUUUUUUGCAGAGUAUUGGGCUAGUAUUCGAAAGGUCGUAGGUUCGAUUCCCACUGUAGCCAGGCAUAUUUUUCAAGCUUGCCGAGUGUGGAUACACACUCAGAGUAACAUCACAAAUACCGGUAUCAUAUUCACCUGAGUACACAACACCAACACACAAAAAAAUCAUGAUUAUUACAUUACAUUGAUGUCGAAGGAAGUAGAGUCAGUUCCGAAAUAUCACAUACUCGAACCAAUCUGACCGCGUAUACGUAGCUCAGUUGGCAGAGCAUUGGACUAGUAUUCCAAAGGUCGUAGGUUCGAUUCCCACCCUUGCCAGGCAUAUUUUUCAAGCUUGCCCAGUGUGGAUACACACUCAAGAGUAACAUCAUAAAUAUCAACCCCUAUAAAUUUUAAUGUAAAAUUAUAAGUUUGAUACCGGCAAUUAAACAUUAUGAACUAUCAAGUUUAUACUUGAAUCAGCAUAAUUAUAUCAAUGGUCGACACGAAAUCAGAUUUAAUUAAAUUAAACAGGAAUACUGCACACUAUUUGGUGUCGUUUUACAUAUUUUGAAUACAUGUGCAUAUACAUACAGCAUGCUAGAAUAUCGUCUUGAAUAUAUGCACGUUCAAACCGCAUGUUGUUUGUAUAAUUGAGAUUUUAGCAUUAACUGACAAUAAUCGGUAUUUAUUACCCGGCCAUUUUUGUGUUUUGUUGAGAAAAUAUGUACGAGCAAUGAGAAUUGCCGAGUCGAGACUUGAGAUGUAUAACCAACGACGGGAAAUCGACUGGUUGUUGCAAAACACUGGGCUUUCUAAUACACAAAAUAUGAACAAAAAACAUUACCUUGCCGUAUCUGACCAUAUUCAAUGCCUUCAGAAGUAAUUUGGCCAAGUAAAGAUGCGUUUAGGUGUCCAAAAUUAACAUUUUCAACGACUAUAAUUUACACUAUAAGCUCUUUUUUGUUCCAAAGUCAAACCGCCGAAGGAUCAAAGUUCAAAUUGCUGAGUCGCCUGCGCUCCUUCGCCCAGCGGCUACGCUCGUGUUCCAAGAUCCGCCAUGUAAAGUGUAGUGAAAUGUAUCUCACUAAAGCCUCUGCUGUCAGUGCUGUGCCUCUGCGGAGGAGAGACCCAGAGUCCUCUAAGCUCUGGCUUAUUAUGGCAAUUAUUAUGGUUUUACUUUUAAUGAAAAUGCUGAGAUCCAUGUGAUUGCGAUUCAUACUACAAUAUGGAGUCUGAAUAACAACAGAAACACCUGAUCGGUUGAAAUUAUUGUGUGUAUAAAAAAUUAUAUAGAAACUAUAACGAUUAAAAAUCGUAAUAUGCAUGUGCAUGUAUGGUGCAAUUUGUACUUAAUUCAAGAAUAUUGCAAAAACAACUUCCUUAUUUUGAGAAAGAUAAUCUGCAAUGAGGAAAUUAAUCAUUCCAUCAAUCAAGAAACGGUUAAUUAAUGUAUAUAUUUUCAAGAGAAAACGUCUUAUGAGUUAUGUAGAAAAACGAGGUUCGUUUUAAUAAAGCAUGCAUGCAGUCAGAGGAAUAACUUAUCAUUUUAAGAAAACAUUUAUAUGUGGAAUCAUGGAUAAUAAAAUAAAUAUAGUUGUUUUACAAUCCAUGGUGGAAUUGACUAUAUUAUAUACGAAGUAUUUUUCUUCAGAAAUAAUUUUCUUAUUUUAAGAAAACGGAAUCUUAAAUCAAGAAAUAUUUUUUAAGAAAUAAUUUUCUCAUUUUAAGAGAACAGUUAUCUUAAAUCAAGAAGUAAUUUUUCUUGAGAAAUAAUUUUCUCACUUUAGGAAAACAGUUUUCUUAAAUUAAGAAUAAUUUUUUUCUUAAGAAAUGAUUUUCUCAUUUUGAGAAAACAUUUUCUUGAAUUAAGAAAAGAAGUUUUCUUAAGAAAUAAGUUUCUCAUUUUAAGAAAAUAUUUUCUUAAAUUAAAGGCACAGUUCAGCCUGUUGAACGAUGGUUUUUAAGGCGCAUUCCAGCCCUUUUAAUUGAAAAAACUAACUAGGAAAAUCAAUUAAGCAUAAUUCAAAAUCAGUAAACUCGAUGUUUUUAACAAUAUAAAGGUUUUAAAAUGUUAAAAACAUUAAGUUUGGUGAUCUUGAAUUACGCUUAAUUGAUUUUCCUAGUUAGUUUUUUCAAUUAAAAGGGCUGAAAUGCGCCUUAAAAACCAUCGUUCAACAGGCUGAACUGUGCCUUUAAGAAAAUAAUUUUUCUUAAGAAAUUGAUUUUUUGCUGUGUACCCGCUAUAUUUCGACAUAUACUUAUUAUAUGCUAUUUGAACGCCAGGGUUCAGCAAAAUCAACGAGUAGAAACGUUGCAAAACCAUACUUAGAUGUACAAAUAACAGCGAAUCAUUAUACGCUUUAUUAUGCCAAAACUAAUUAAUAUAGUAAUGGCUGCACGCUUACAAUAUGAGCGGCCGUGUUGUAUCGGAUAUACAAACUCGAGCCGAAGGCGAGAGUUUGUAUAUCCGAUACAACACGGACGCGAAUGUUGUAAAUGACUUAAAAAACGACUCAUCUUAUGGGUUCACUGGCGAAGUAAUUUUAAAAAUAAACGUUGUCUAAGCCGAGAAAAUCAAAGUUAAAGUUUAUGUAAAUCAACAUGAAUCUGUAUCACAUAUACAGAUACGACACGCUUAUGAUUUUUCUUUGUGUUCAUGAAUUAUUAAUAAGUUUUUUAAAAUAAACUAAACACUGUUCCAGAACACCGUGCAGUGCACUCCAUUUUAUAUCGUUCCAGAACAGUGUUCCAAAUGUUCUAGAACAGUAAAUGGAGCAGCCUGCAUGCAUCAGGCACGGCCUAUCGCCCAGAAAAUUAGAAAACGUAAAAAAUGCAGGUUAAGAAUCAAUGGGAAAAUGCAAAAUUAAUAAUGCUAAAUAAAAAAGCCUCCAUCGACAACGGUCGCUGAUUUUUUUAUUCCAUCUCAAAUAAAACAAAAGUCAUUCUUAUUAGUUGUUACAUGUGUUGGAGGCUGUUAUUGUUGUUGUUAUAUUCCUUCGUUACGACAAUGGUGUGUAAAUUGUAAGAAAAUAAUUAUUAAAUACAUUAAAACCAGAAUGAAAGAAUAGCCUAAAAAAACACCGGAACAGACACCACAGCAGGCCGUCAAAUAGGUCGGUAUAGAAUACAAAAAACCUUUUGUAUACAACUUUCGUUGAAUCAGGAAGCAAGUUUUGCAUGGUAGCAGUUAUGCAAGCUGCACCAUGCCUAAUUACUCUAAUUAAAUACUAGCCACUAGUGAGUAUAAGUAUAUAGUACUUGCCAACGAGGUGCACCCAAGCGAUUCUGUUGACUGCUGCUUUUGCUUAUAUAAGAUCAAGCUAUACACUCACUACAGUUUAAUUGUACUGUCUAUAGUGAUUGAAUUAAAUUAAAUUUUGUGCUGAAGCUAUAGUUUCAAUUUAAAUACUGAUUGUCCGAAACCUACAACCACACAUUCCUGUUAUUAUAAAAGACGACGUUAGCUGGUCGCUGCGUGCAGAAUCCAAGAUCCACCCUGAAGACUGAUAUCAAAUUCGAAUAGGUGAGUUCAACUGUUCUUAUACAUUUCCAUGACCAUGCAUGUAUUUAUCCAUUCAUCUGUUGCGCGUCUUUUUAUAUAUAUACAAGUGGCCAUGCAUGUCGUUUGUAAGCGAUAUUUCGCAGUUCAAAUUAUCAUGUCUACCAUCCUAGUUUAAAUAAAUUUUGUUCAUGUAAACUGAUCACAAUAUAACACAGAUCUGCAUGCUACUUAUAGGUACCAGUUCAUAGUCAUUCAAAUUGUUAAUUUCCACGCUCAAUAGUUUCGGUUAAAAUUAGGUGGACUUCAAUGAUUUGGUUUCUUGCACUUCACUUGGUGGAAUUAAUAUUACCUAUAUAUACAUGAACUUACGGUUACAGCUCAACAGCUGGCCUCUGUAGCUCAGUUGGUUAGAGCGCUGCAACGGAAUCGCAGGGCCGUAGGUUCAAUUCCCACCAGAGGACCUUGUGCUGCAUUUUUCGCAGUCGUUCCUGGUCAGGUCUUAUACUCACUUGGAUUACAAACCCUAACAUUCUUUGGUUAAAAUUAACCUCUCAUAUUUUUUCUUAUCUUUAGAAAUAUAGAAUUAUCUGAAAUGUAUUUCAAAAUUUUGGUACUUGUUUUGGCGUUGCCAUUUUUACUCAAAGUAAGGUAUUUGUUGUGACAGUGUAAAGCGAAACAUGUGAGGAGGGACAUUUCUUAUAUAAGGGGUAUAUAUUAAAAUAGAACGGUGCCUUUUAAACCGAUUCUGGUCUGACGGGCGCGUCUGUUAGAUACGAAAAUAUAAUCCGUAAUCUUUUACAGUAAGUAUUCUGUAAUUGUAAAUGACGAAAUCUGUUAAAGCCUUUUUAUACGGUACAAAUACAGAUUGCGGUUAAAAAACAGUCUCUGUAAAAUUACAGUACAUUCUCUGGCGUCCCAGCUGCCAGUACUUUUUACUGUAAAAUUCCGGCGUUUUUUACCAGUGUAUAUAUACACAAUUGAAUUUAGGCUGACGACGCCAUGAAGAUUGUCAAUACAUUUGAUGAACAAGAUCUAGAUGAAAUUGCAAAGUUUGAAGGAAUUGAAGAUGGCAAAAGCGCAGAAGUAGAAGAAGAAUACAAACGCACUCUCGCGAGUGAUGAUGAUGCCAAGCAAAGUUUUUCAAAACUCAGUCUGAAAUUGGCAAAACUGCAUGUGAGUUAUAUGCCCAAACCUUUUGACCAACUGAAGACUUUUUCAGUGGCAAUUAAAUGAAUACUUACUCAAUGAUGUGAAUGUAUCGAUUAUGAAUUAAAGAUUUAAGGUUAACCCCCCUCUCAUCUUACCAAUUACCCAAACAAAUACUGGUAUCACCCUCCCACCGAGUAAUUGUUCCAGAAGCGAGAAUGCUGGAACGCGCAGCCAGCCAGCAAACAUAAUUUAAAAUCAAGAUUUUGUAUACUCACGUAUAGUUACAACAGCAAACUUUUACUUCUUUAACUUAAUUUCAUUUUUCUUACUUCACGCCUAAAAGGUAUUGGAAGAAAUUAUGAAAAAAAAGAAAGACAUAACCAGUUUGAAGAAUAAAGUCAAUGACAAUUCCGAAGGUAAAAGAUACCCCCAAUACUCUUCCCUAACACAAGACUCAUCUGAAAGAAUUGAAUAAAUGAAAACAACUAUACACUGCCUUUUUUCAAGAUAGUUGCAUCCAACUAAACUCAUGAUCUUAAAUUUAAUAUAUAAUGCAGUGACAAUGACACACUUUUUCAGUGUGUCUACAAGCAAGACAAAAAUCUUAAACUAAACCAACUUUGCUAAUGUUAAUACUGGGAAGCUUCAUCAGUUCCAAUAUUGAUCCAGUGUUACUACAGGACGAAUCCUAAACUAUACUAACUUUAUUUAUACUGGAUAGCUCUAUCAUUUCUAAACUGUUCUUCCUAGAGGUCCAGUAAGAGUCAUCUCUUAUUGAUCCAGUGUUACUACAGGAGGAAACCUAAACUAAACUAACUUUAUUUUUACUGGAUAGUUCUAUCAUUUCUAAACUGUUCUUCCUAGAGGUCCAGUAAGAGUCAUCUCUUAUUGAUCCAGUGUUACUACAGGAGGAAACCUAAACUAAACUAACUUUAUUUUUACUGGAUAGUUCUAUCAUUUCUAAACUGUUCUUCCUAGAGGUCCAGUAAGAGUCAUCUCUUAUUGAUCCAGUGUUACUACAGGAGGAAACCUAAACUAAACUAACUUUAUUUUUACUGGAUAGUUCUAUCAUUUCUAAACUGUUCUUCCUAGAGGUCCAGUAAGAGUCAUCUCUUAUUAAUCCAGUGUUACUACAGGAGGAAACCUAAACUAAACUAACUUUAUUGUUACUGGAUAGUUCUAUCAUUUCCAAACUGUUCUUCCUAGAGGUCCAGUGAGGAUCAUCUCUUAUUGAUCCAGUGUUACUACAGGAGGAAACCUACACUAAACUAACUUUAUUUAUACUGGAUAGCUCUAUCAGUUCUAAACUGUUUUUCCUAGAGGUCCAGUAAGGAUCAUCUCUUAUUGAUCCAGUGUUACUAGAGAAGGAAACCUAUAACUAAACUAUCUUUACUUUAUAAUGAGGCUAAAUUAUGAUCAAACAACUGCGUGCAUACUGUAUAAAUAUUGGGCAAUCCAAUUUGAUAUCUGCAUAAGCGCACCCAAUUCAAUUAAUCAUGACAGUAUAUUAUGUUUUAAUGAAUAAUGGUUAUCAUGUUUAAUACUGUUACUUUAUGACCAAAAUCUAUGUAGACAAAUGCAGCAAGAUAGUGAAAGUGGGUGAACCAAUCGUACAUCAUACUUCUGGAUCUGCUACCGGAACAUGGAUGCGAGAUCCUCUUGGGCUGCUGGGCACAGGGAAGAUUUGGUACAUGGAUGGUUUUAACGGUGAUCAAGUGUUGGAAUUUAAAGACAUGGAUCACUUCAAAGGUGGAGAGGUUGCCAAAACUUACACCCUACCAUAUAAGUUUGAUGGUACAGGAUCUGUUGUUUAUGGACGAUAUCUUUACUUUAACCGGUUUGUGUAGGAAUUAUACUUUUUUUGUCUAACUAUAAUUAAAAAUAACCCCCUGGAGAGAAAAUAAAAGUUAAUAUUCUACUUUAUUAUCCCUGAACUAUAGAAAUGCAAAUUUAUUAAUUUGAGGUAUUCACAAAUUUCAUUUACAGGGCUAAUACAACACAUAUUGUGAAGUACGAUUUGGUCACAGAAAAGAUUGCCAGGGAGACCGUUAUACGAGUCAAGCCACGAAAGUUCAGUUACGAAUGGGGUGGUUACAACACAGUGGAUCUAUCAGUGGACGAAAGCGGUUUAUGGAUUCUGUAUACGUACUGGAGUUACAAUGUUGCACAUUUAUGUGUCCAGCUGCGUGACCCAUUGACCCUCGGCAAACUGCAACAUUACUGUUUUAUCUCCUCUGAGACCAGGAACAAAAUGGGAAAUGCAUUUGUCGCUUGUGGUGUUGUUUACUGCAUUGAUAGUUAUAAUUCAGCCACAACAACAAUCAACUCCGCCUAUGACACAGCCACUUUCUCCGGAAACAAUCCAGAAAUCAAGUUUGUCAACAAAUUCAAAUACAACAGCAUGGUCACUUACAACCCUCGCGAGAAGGUUCUUUAUGCCUGGGAUAACAACCGGCAAAUAACAUACCCAUUGGAAUUUGAAGACGAGACAAAAACUUAACUUGAGCAAAAAAUUGAAACGGACACGAAUAUGGACACGAUAUUUACGAAACUUCCCUUUUUUAAUAGCAAAGCAUUAGUUGAUAAAGAGUAGUAUAGAUUGAUUCAUAUACCACAAUCAUAAUACUCCAUGGUAGAUCAAAUAUGGGGGAUUUAGUGUACCACAAUAAUAUACUCCAUGGUAGUUCAAAUGUGGGGAUUUAGUGUACAACAAUAAUAUUUAGUAUGGUAGUUCAAAUGCCCAUUGGGAUUUAGUGUACCAGUAUACCACAAUCACCUACUCGAGAUUUAGUGUGUAGGUAGUGUUCUUCAAUGAACAGUUUGAUUUUUAGUUAACUAAACUAUAUAUCCUAUACAUUUGUAGUUGGACAUUUCAGAGAAAAAUAAUGAGAAUUUGUAC